AAUCAAUCAGUUGGUCGAAGGCGUGGCUUAAUCAAAAAGUGUAGAAAAUUGACGUUAGUGUCCGGUGCAAAUUAAUUAAUUGGAAAAUAAUUUUCAUGAACAGAAAUCCAUAUAAAGUGUUAUGUUCUAUUGUACAUAAUCAUUAACUACAAUCGAGCGCGCUGUAUUAAUAUGCGUUUACAUAUAUUAUUAUUAUUCUUACUAACAUCAGGCUGGAUCUGCUGUGGAUAUGCAGCGGGCGUAUCACUUGGAGGGGAGCAGGAGCAAGAUCCAAAUAAUCCUGAAUACCAAAAGAUGGCUGAAGAACUAGUACACUCCUACUUACACUUAAAAGUAAAACAUAUGAAGAAAGUAGUAGUGCAUAAAGUUACGACACAGGAGGUUGAAGGGACCAUCACUAGAAUACAAUUCCAAGUUUUCCUGGUUAACGGUGAAUCGUCAACGUGCAAUUUUGAAAUAUGGGAGAAAACUUGGGAAAAACUACGAUUAGUAACUUCUAAGUGUGACUCGCUUUUUUCUCCAAACCAACUCAGCUCCAGAGUUAAUUCUCGACCUGGUCAGGAACGGGACCCUAAAAAUCAGAAAUAUAAAAAAUUAGCAAACCUAGCUAUAAGUGAUUUUUUUGCCAUCACAGGCAAAAAACCUUUUAAAAAAGAAGACGUAAAAGCAAUAUCUGUAACAACGGCAAAAGUUAAGGUAAAUUCAAAAAUCACGUCUGUCCUUACUUUUGAUGUCACGACUGUCAAAAAUGAUCGUUACAAAUGUAAGAGCGUAGUUGUAGAAACACCAUGGGAAACUAUAGAGACAACAAAAGUUACCGAUAUAGAUUGCGAUAUUACUACGGGGGAAGAGGGCGCCCUUUUAGACCAGUCGAAUGAAAACGAACUAGGUGGCCAAGAACUUCAAAAUCCUAAAGACGCUAAGUACAUACGCUUAGCGAAAGAAUCUUUCAAAAAGUAUCUUGAAUCGCACACAAGCGUGAAAAUUUCCGUUAUUAAACUUACAGUCGACAAAGUAACCACACAAGUGGUAGCUGGAACAAUGAUACGCAUCGAUUUCCAUGUCGAUCCUAGUAAAGGGCAGAAAAUUCCUUGUAAAUCUGAAAUUUGGGAAAAAGUUAAUAAACAAUUAGAUUUUAACGUUACAUGUCAGAUGAAUAAGUUAAAAUUCGGUGGUGAACAAGAACAAAAUCCUCAAGACCCCAAGUACAAACGUUUAGCUGCAGAAUCUUUUGAAAAGUAUCGAGAGAAACACCGCCCUCGAUUCUCAUCUGUUUCAGUUAAGAAGUUUAUUUUAACUAAAGUGACUACUCAAGUUGUUGAAGGAGUAAUUACUCGACUCGAUUUCAAUGCAAUUCUUACCAAAGGCAAGUCAUUACAAUGCCAUUCAGAGAUUUCGGAACGGCCUGGGCAAAAACGUAAAAAUAUUGACGUGAAAUGUUCCGAUAAAAGAGAUCCGAUAAAAAAGUUAACUCUAUCUGCAACCAGUCAGAAAUUGACCGUAAUACCAGGCGGCGAAGCGAAUCAAGACCCUGCCGACCCAAAGUACAAAAAAUUAGCAAAAAAAUCAUUUAAAAAGUAUCAAAUGUCUCAUAGUUUACAUAAAUUUACAAUUAAAGAACUCAGGGUGACUAAAGUAACCACACAAGUCGUUUCAGGAGUAAUUAUUCGAAUCGAUUUUAAGGCAAUUCCUACCAAAGGAAACGCGUUACAAUGCCAUUCUGAGAUCUUGGAUCAACCAUGGCUACAAAACAAAAACAUUGAAGUGAAAUGUGUACCAUUUUUCAAUGCAAAGUUGUCUGCAACCACUGAGAUAAUAGCAGGGGGCGAAAUGGAACAAGAUCCUGGCGAUCCAGAGUACAAACGAUUAGCAGAAGAAUCUUUAAAAAAAUAUCGAAUGUCUCAUAAUUUACGUAAAUUUACACUUAAAGAACUUAGGGUGACUAAAGCUACCUCGCAAGUAGUUUCAGGAGUAAUCUUUCGAAUCGAUUUUAAGGCGAUUUCAACCAACGGCAACUCGUUACAGUGCCAUUCUGAGAUUUUGGAUCAACCAUGGCUACAAAACAAAAAUAUUGAAGUAAAAUGUGUACCAUUUUCCAAUACAAAGUUAUCUGUAACCACUGAGAUGAUAGCAGGCGGCGAAAUGGAACAUGAUCCUGGCAAUCCUAAGUACAAACGAUUAGCAGAAGAAUCGUUUGAAAAAUAUCGAAUGUCUCAUCAUUUACGUACAUUUACACUUAAAGAACUUAGGGUGACUAAAGCUACCUCGCAAGUAGUUUCAGGAGUAAUCUUUCGAAUCGAUUUUAAGGCGAUUUCAACCAACGGCAACGCGUUACAGUGCCAUUCUGAGAUUUUGGAUCAACCAUGGCUACAAAACAAAAACAUUGAAGUGAAAUGUGAACCAUUUUCCAAUGCAAAGUUAUCUGCAACCACUGAGACGAUAGCAGGUGGCAAAAUGGAACAAGAUCCCGGCGAUCCAGAGUACAAACGAUUAGCAGAAGAAUCUUUUAAGAAAUAUCGAAUGUCUCAUAAUUUACGUAAAUUUACACUUAAAGAACUUAGGGUGACUAAAGCUACCUCGCAAGUAGUUUCAGGAGUAAUCUUUCGAAUCGAUUUUAAGGCGAUUUCAACCAACGACUACGCGUUACAGUGCCAUUCUGAGAUUUUGGAUCAACCAUGGCUACAAAACAAAAAUAUUGAAGUGAAAUGUGAACCAUUUUCCAAUGCAAAGUUAUCUGCAACCACUGACAUGAUAGCAGGCGGCGAAAUGGAACAAGAUCCUGGCAAUCCUAAGUACAAACGAUUAGCAGAAGAAUCUUUAAAAAAAUAUCGAAUGUCUCAUAAUUUACGUAAAUUUACACUUAAAGAACUUAGGGUGACUAAAGCUACCUCGCAAGUAGUUUCAGGAGUAAUCUUGCGAAUCGAUUUUAAGGCAAUUCCUACCAAUGGCGACGCGUUACAAUGCCAUUCAGAGAUAUUGGAACAACCAUGGCUACAAAACAAAAAUAUUGAAGUCAAUUGUUUACCUUCCAAACUAAGGCUAUCUCAAUCUGCCAGCAACCCAAAAAUUAGUGGACAAAGCUUAAUAGAUCAAGCAAUUACCGAUUACUUUAAUACAAUGCGAUGGACAGUUAAACACAGCGAGAUUAGGAGUUUAAACAAAAUACGGACACGUCUUGGUAAAGAAAUUAUUAGUUAUUAUAAAGUAGACGUAUUCGCUUCAGAGAAGUACGGUGGUUCCAGUUAUUACAAUUGCAGUGUAGUUUUUGUCACACGAAAUAAAUGGAUUGACCAGAUCCCAAUCGGCGUAAAUUGUAAUAAACAUACUCAUCUCCUAGGUAGAAUUGAUUGGGUAGAUCCUACUCGUCAAAAAAUUAGAUAUUUAAUUUUAGCGUCAAGAGCGCUAAAAGAAUACAUGAGGACUUCAAAAAAUAAGGUCGACCUGAGAGGAAAGUUUGACAUCGUUGUAACUUUUGUUACCAGUACUUUAGCCGCAGGAAGAUGGUAUGCCAUAAAUUUCGUCGUUCGACCACUAAAUGCGGAUGUGAAUGGAUUGAAGUGCUACUCAAAAAUUUGGGAAAAUUUGAAUGGAUAUAAAAAAAUUACAGAAGUAAAUUGUGAUAGGAAUAUUUAAAUAUAUUAAACUGGAUAAUACAAGCCAGAACCAGUUAAUCGCGUGAACAGUAGAGUCGCUGCGUAGUUUAUUAACUUUUUUAUGCUAUUUCUCUGCCCUGUAACAUUUGUAACGUUUCCUAUAUCUACAUAUUUGCAAUACCUAAUAUAGCGAGGCGCAGAACUGUAUGGACCAUUAUGAAUGAUUUCAUUUGCAUGAUUUCAUUCAUAAAAGUGACCAUGCAGUUUUGCGACCGAGUGUACAAAGUAUAUUUGUAAAAAUUACCAUUGUCACUGUCAUCAGACGUUACCUGUACGUGUUUUAAGAAUCAUAUACCUAACUACUCUUAAAUAUAUCAGAAGUGGUUUUGGUUUUGAAAUAAAUAAAUGAGUUUUCAAUCGAAA